CGGAGGAUCUAUUGGACUUACUGUAUCAACUGGUCUUAAUUCUGAAGGAAGUUACUUGGAUUCACUACAACACAUCUUUCACCAGAAAUCAAGCAUUCAAAGGAAUAAUCCAGGAAUCAGGAUAUCACAGAAUAUUACAUCUGAGUGCAUGUUCAGCUUUGACCAACUGCACAGGGAGAUUGGACACUCAAACUAGUCAAAAUGUGGCAAGCAACUACUGUAGUCAUGAUGAUUCUUGCAACCCAUUUAACUACAACUACUUCAACCACAACUGAACCAACAACAACAAUUGAAGCAACUACUUCAAUCACAAGUGAGCCAACAACUACAAUGGAGGCAACAACUUUAACCACAAAUGAACCAACAACAGCCACUAUCGAACAAACGGCCACAACUGAGGCAACAACAACCACAAUUGAGGCAACAACUUCAACAACAAUCGAACCGACAACCACAACUGAGGCAAUGACAACCACAAUUGAGGCAACAACCUCAAACAUAAAUGAACCGACAACAACCACAAUCGAACCAACAACCACAAAUGAAGCAACAACAACGUCAAUUGAGGUAACAACUUCAACAACAGAUGAACCAACAACCAUAACUGAGGCAACCACUUCAACUACAAUCGGACCAACCACAACUGAGGCAACAACAACCAUAAUGGAGGCAACAACUUCAACCACAAAUGAACCAGCAACAACCACUAUUGAACCAACAACCACAACUGAGGCAACAAUUUCAACCACAAUCGAACCAACAACCACAACUGAACCAACAACAACCACAGUUGAGGCAACAACUUCAUCUACAGGCGACCCAACUACAACCACAAUCGAACCAACAACCACAACUCCGGCUACAACAACCACAAUUGAGGCAACAACUUCAACCACAAUCGAACCAACAACCACAGCUGAACCAACAACAACCACGAUUGAGGCAACAACUUCAACCACAGACGUGCCAACAACAACCACUAUUGAACCAACAACCACAGCUGAGGCAACAACAACCACAAUUGAGGCAACAACUUCAACCACAACAGAACCAACAACAACCACUAUCAAACCAACAACCACAAUAGAUGCAACAACUUCAACCACAAUCGAACCAACAACCACAACUGAACCAACAACAACCACGAUUGACGCAACGACUUCAACCACAGACGACCCAACAACAACCACAAUCGAACCAACCACCACAACUGCGGCAAUAACAACCACGAUUGAACCAACAACAACCACAGUUGAGGCAACAACUUCAACCACAAUUGAACCAACAACCACAGCUGAGGCAACAACAACCACAAAUGAACCAACAACAACCACUAUCGAACCAACAACCACAACAGAGGCAACAACUUCAAUCACAAUCGAGCCAACAACCACAAGUGAACCAACAACAACCACUAUUGAACCAACAACCACAAUUGAGGCAACAACUUCAACCACAAUCGAACCAACAACCACAGCCGAGGAAACAACCACAGCUGAACCAACAACAACCACGAUUGAGGCAACAACUUCAACCACAAAUGAACCAACAACAACCACUAUUGAACCAACAACUGCAAUAGAGGCAACAACUUCAACCACAAUCGAACCAACAACCACAGCUGAACCAACAACAACCACGAUUGAGGCAACAACUUCAACCACAGACGUGCCAAAAACAACCACUAUUGAACCAACAACCACAGCUGAGGCAACAACAACCACAAUUGAGGCAACAACUUCAACCACAACAGAACCAACAACAACCACUAUUGAACCAACAACCACAGCUGAGGCAACAACAACCACAAUUGAGGCAACAACUUCAACCACAACAGAACCAACAACAACCACUAUCGAACCAACAACCACAAUAGAGGCAACAACUUCAACCACAAUCGAACCAACAACCACAACUGAACCAACAACAACCACGAUUGAUGCAACGACUUCAACCACAGACGACCCAACAACAACCACAAUCGAACCAACAACCACAACUGCGGCAAUAACAACCACGAUUGAACCAACAACAACCAUAGUUGAGGCAACAACUUCAACCACAAUUGAACCAACAACCACAGCUGAGGCAACAACAACCACAAAUGAACCAACAACAACCACUAUCGAACCAACAACCACAACAGAGGCAACAACUUCAAUCACAAUUGAGCCAACAACCACAAGUGAACCAACAACAACCACUAUUGAACCAACAACCACAAUUGAGGCAACAACUUCAACCACAAUUGAACCAACAACCACAGCUGAGGCAACAACAACCACAGUUAAGGCAACAACUUCAACCACAAUCGAACCAAAAACCACAACUGAUGCUAUGACAACCUCAAUUGAGGCAACAACUUCAACCACAGCUGAACCAACAACAACCACUAUCGAACCAACAACCACAAUGGAGGCAACAACAACCACGAUUGAGGCAACAAGUUCAACCACAAAUGAACCAACAACAACCACAAUUGAACCAACAACCACAACUGAGGCAACAACAACUACAAUUGAGGCAACUACUUCAACCACAACGGAACCAACAACAACCACUAUCGAACCAACAACCACAAUUGAGGCAACUACAUCAACCACAACAGAACCAACAACAACCACUAUCGAACCAACAACCACAACUGAACCAACAACAACCACGAUUGAUGCAACGACUUCAACCACAGAUGACCUAACAACAACCACAAUCGAACCAACAACCACAACUGCAGCAAUAACAACCACGAUUGAACCAACAACAACCACAGUUGAGGCAACAACUUCAACCACUAUUGAACCAACAACCACAACAGAGGCAACAACUUCAACCACAAUCGAGCCAACAACCACAACAGAGGCAACAACUUCAACCACAAUCGAGCCAACAACCACAAGUGAACCAACAACAACCACUAUUGAACCAACAACCACAAUCGAGGCAACAAUUUCAACCACAAUUGAACCAACAACCACAACUGAACCAACAACAACCACAACAACCACAAAUGAACCAACAACAACCACUAUCGAACCAACAACCACAAUAGAGGCAACAACUUCAACCAUAAUCGAGCCAACAACCACAAGUGAACCAACAACAACCACUAUUGAACCAACAACCACAAUUGAAGCAACGACUUCAACCACAAUCGAACCAACAACAACCACAAUGGAGGCAACAAGUUCAACCACAAAUGAACCAACAACAACCACUUUUCAACCAACAACCACUAUUGAGGCAAUGACUUCAACCACAAUCGAACCAACAACCACAACUGAACCAACAACAACCACAGUUGAGGCAACAACUUCAACCACAAUUGAACCAACAACCACAGCUGAGGCAACAACAACCACAAAUGAACCAACAACAACCACUAUUGAACCAACAACCACAAUAGAGGCAACAACUUCAACCAUAAUCGAGCCAACAACCACAGGUGAACCAACAACAACCACUAUUGAACCAACAACCACAAUUGAAGCAACAACUUCAACCACAAACAAACCAACAACCACAACUGACGCCAUGACAACCACAAUUGAGGCAUUAACUUCAACUACAACUGAACCAACAACAAUCACUAUCGAACCAACAACCACAAUAGAGGCAACAACAACCACGAUUGAGGCACCUACUUCAACCACAACUGAACUAACAACAACCACAAUGGAGGCAACAAGUUCAACCACAAAUGAAACAACAACAACCACUAUUCAACCAACAACCACAAUUGAGGCAACAACUUCAACCACAAUCGAACCAACAACCACAACUGAACCAACAACAACCACAGUUGAGGCAACAACUUCAACCACAAUCGAACCAACGGCCGAGGCAACAACAACCACAAUUGAGGCAACUACUUCGACCACAAAUACACCAACAUCGACUGCAAAUGAACCAACAACAACCACAAUUGAACCAACAACCACAACUAAGGCAAUAACUUCAACCGCAAUUGAACCAACAACCACAACUGAACCAACAACAACCACAGUUGAGGCAACAACUUUAACCACAGAUGACCCAACAACAACAAUUGAACCAUCAACCACAACUGAGGCAACAGCAACAGCAACAACAACUGAGGUAACAACUUCAACCACAAAUGAACCAACAACCACAAUUGAGGCAACAACAACCACAAUUGAGGCAACUACUUCAACCACAAGGGAACCAAUAACAACAACCACAAUAGAGGCAACACCUUCAACCACAAAUGAACCAACAACAACCACUAUCAAGCCAACAACCACAACUGAGGCAACAACAACCACAAUUGAGGCAACAACUUCAACAAAAAUUGAACCAACAACCUCAACUGAGGCCAUGACAACCACAAUUGAGGCAACAACUUCAACAACAAUUGAACCAACAACCUCAACUGAGGCCAUGACAACCACAAUUGAGGCAACAACUUUAAUCACAGAUGACCCAACAACUACUACAAUCGAACCAACAACCACAACUGAAGUGACAACCACAAUUCUGUCAACAUCUUCAACCACAAUUGAACCAACAACCACAACGGAGGCAACAACUUCAACCACAGAUGAACCAACAACAGCUACAAACAAACCAACAACAACCACAAUGCAGGCUACAACUACACCUCGUCCGGCUCCUAUUAUUGCAUUUCAGGCUGUUAUUGUCAUAGUAUUUACGCCAGCUCUUAACAAUGUUAGCAGCCCAGAGUUCCAGCAGCAAGCAGCAGAGGUUGAAAGUGCACUUGAUGGGAUCUAUAAAGUUCAAUAUGGUCCAUCGUUUGUGCGGACUAUAGUUAAAGCAUUCAAAUCCGUUUCUAGAAACCGAAUGGACAAUGUUGAGGCAGAUGUUGAACUUGUGUUCAAUGCAGCGUCAACAGAACCUCUUCCACAAAGCACUGAUGUAGUGAACACUUUGGUUACCGCCGUGAACAACUCCAAUUCAGGCUUUAAUCUGACUGUGCUUCCUGACUCAAUUGUUGUUGCAAGUGCACCUAGCUCAACGAGCAUUCCCCAAUUCCGCACCAGUGAAACAUUUACUACUGAUCUUUCCGUUUCCUCUUCUGAUGCCUUCCAGAACAGAUCUUCACUCAUCAAAAGCGAGCUUGAGCCCUUUUUCAUUGAAGACUUCCAACCAAAUUUCAUCAGCCUCACACCAAGAAGCUUCAGCAAUGGAUCAAUUAUUCACGCAACAGACAUUACCGUGACUGCCAAUGCCACAUUCCCAAGUGACACACAGAUUAUAGGCACCCUGACUAGAGCAGCCUUGAGUGGAGCAUUGUCAUUUACCAUUACCUCCAUCAAUGGCACAGAUGUACCAACACAAUCAACUACAACUGGUCCAGCACAAUCAACUACAACUGGAACAACACAAUCGACCACAACUGGGUCAACACAAUCAACCACAACUGGGUCAACACAAUCAACUACAACUGGGUCAACACAAUCAACUACAACUGGAACAACACAAUCAACCACACCAACACAAUCAACCACAACUGGUUCAACACAAUCAACUACAACUGGAGCAACACAAGCAACUACAACUGGAGCAACACAAUCAACUACAACUGGAACAACACAAUCAACCACACCAACACAAUCAACCACAACUGGUCCAGCACAAUCAACUACAACUGGAACAACACAAUCAACCACACCAACACAAUCAACCACAACUGGUUCAACACAAUCAACUACAACUGGAGCAACACAAUCAACUACAACUGGAACAACACAAUCAACCACACCAACACAAUCAACCACAACUGGUCCAGCACAAUCAACUACAACUGGAACAACACAAUCAACCACACCAACACAAUCAACCACAACUGGGUCAACACAAUCUACUACAACUGGAACAACACAAUCAACUACAACUGGAACAACACAAUCAACCACACCAACACAAUCUUCCACAACUGGAACAACGCAAUCAACCACACCAACACAAUCUUCCACAACUGGAACAACACAAUCAACCACACCAACACAAUCUUCCACAACUGGAACAACACAAUCAACUGCAACUGUAGCAACACAAUUAACUACAACUGGACUAAAACAAUCAACUACAACAGGAACUACACAAUCAACCACAACUGGAGUCACACAAUCAACCACAACUGGAACAACACAAUCAACUACAUCUGGACCAACACAAUCAACCACAACUACCGUACCUCUUACCACAACUACGAUAACCCAAGCCCCUUCUACAGCUAUGACAACCCAAGCCCCUACAACAACCCAAGCCCCUACUACUACUAUGACAACCCAAGCCCCUACAACAACAACCCAUGCCCCCAUCACAACUACAACCACUACAACAACUACAACAACAACAACCACCCAAGCCCCUACUACAACAACAACAACAACCCAAGCCCCUACCACCACCACCACAACAACAACCACAACAACAACAACAACAACAACAACCCAAGCCCCUACUACUAGAACAACAACAACAACAACACAAGCCCCUACCACAACUACUACUAUUGCGUUUCAGGCUGUUAUUGUCAUAGUAUUCACGGAGGCUCUUAACAACCCACAGAGUACAGAGUUCCAGCAGCAAGCAGCAGUAGUUCAAACUGCAUGUGAUGUGAUCUAUAGUGCAGAGUACGGUUCAUUGUUUGUGCGGACUAUUGUUAUAGCGUUCAGGCUGUCUUCUCGUAACCGAAUGGACAACGUUGAGACAGAUGUUGAACUAGUGUUCAAUGCGGAUUCAACACAACCCCUCCCUGAAAGUUCCAAUGUGGUUCAAACCCUGGUUACCGCCGUGAGCAACUCCAGUUCAGGCUUUAAUCUGACUGUGGUUCCCGGCUCCAUUGUUGUCACAAGUCGGUCAAAGGGCAUUCCUCAAUUCCGCACCAAUGAAACAUUUACUGCUGAUCUUUCAGUUACCUCCUCUGCUGCCUUCCAGAACAGAUCUACACUCAUUAAAAGAGAGCUUGAGCCCUUUUUUAUUGAAGACUUCCAACCAGAUUUCAUCAGCCUCACACCAUCAGGCUUCAGAAAUGGCUCAAUUAUCCAUUCGACAGACAUUACUGUGACUGGCAAUGCCACAUUCCCCAAUGACAUACAGAUUAUAGCCACUUUGACUAGAGCUGCGUUGAGUGGAAAUUUGUCAUUUACCAUCAUCUCCAUCAACGGCACAGCGGUGUCUGCUGGUGAAGUCAGCAGCAGUGUUAACCUCCUGAGUGCCUGUGGACUCACCCUCAUAUCGCUCCUUGUGGCUCGGCCCUGAUAGACUCGGAGAUCUUACCACCUACCCUGGUGGUAUCACUCUCACAUCCUGCUUGUAUUUCUUCAUGUGUACGUGCUGGUGUGUUACAUUGUGAGAUUGUAAGAUUUACCUGGGAAUAUUCCACUAUAUUCCAAUAUAUACACCUAGAUGAGCUGAAUGUUUUAUAUCUGGUAUUUUGUGGUGAGGAACACACAUGUUUAGUCGAGUAAUAAAUCAAAGUUGCCUUAGAAUAAGCAAAUCAUAGUGUUUUGUGUGUCCCACUUCUGAUAACACAACAAGUAAGUUACUAAAACAUUUGAAAGUUUAGAGAUUAAUUCACAACAAAGCAAGAUACAACCAGGCUUAGGUUCAAAUAUCUAAAGCUAAGCAUAUGGAUAUGCUAUUUGGCAAUUUGAGAAAUGUUUUUUUAUGUUGGCGAGCAGUGUCUACAUUUAUGUAUAAUAGUAAUUGCUGUAUAUAUUGUUAUAUUCUAUAUUGUUGAAACGUUGUUUAAGAUUUGUUUUUCACUCAUGAGCAUAUUCAUCAAUGCUUCCCAAAAAAAGAAGGAUUUGUGUUCCUCUGGAAUACCCUACAGAUGCUUGAGACUCAUGAAUACAAAACUCAUCUGGACUAUUUAUUAUUUAUUUAACAUUAUUUUAUUGUUUCUGUUUUUUUUCUUCUACCUACUCUACAUUCUGUAAACAAUUACCACCAACAUUGUUGUGUGGCAAUGUAUCUAUCUAUAUCUAUCUUCUAAUACAAUCCAACUUUAAUUAGAUAAUAAUAUAACUAUUUAUUUUAAACUGUUGAUUGAUUAGUUCAGUUUGUUAUUGUCUAAAUAUUGUUUUUUUAUCACAUGGCUAUACUUUUUUGAAACUUACAGUAGCAUCACUGCAUUGUGUGUGCCUCGUGUAAUAAAAUAUAAUUACAAUACUCUAAUAUGUAAUGCUGUGCAAGUACAGUUAAAUAACAAAGGUUAACGAUAAUUCGGUGUUCUCUCAUUCAUGCUUGUGGUACUUCUCAUCGUGAUAGUCUACAAAUAACACUUCUCAUAGUCAUUCGCUAUCCCACUGAGAUUGGUAGGUAGGCUAUUAUAAGAACCAUUUGGAGAGCUGUGAUGGCAAAUAAAUGUGUUUCCACUGAUUAUUUGAAUAGGACAUUUUUUUGAACACACAAUUUUUCAUGAAAACACAUUUUUUUCUGAUUCCAUGUGUCUAGCACAUUGUCUUGCGACCUUUAGCAUAUCAUUACAUCAAUAUUUGGGGUAUGAAUAACCAGGGGUAUGAAUAAUUGUGUUUCUUAACUCCCUCCAUCUCACAAUUUUUCAUACCCUUGGUUUUAUGUAAGGGAUAAUCAACGACGCACCGUGUGUUUACUAGGAAAAAAAUGCACGUUCGAAGUGGUAAUAAGGUCCCGACACUGCAGGCGGAGGGGCCUUUACACUUCUAUAACUGCAUUAUUUUAGAUAGAUAGAUAGAUGGAUAGAUAUAUUCCUGAAAUGUGUUAUUUUGCCAUGUGCUGUAAUCCUACACUCUCCGUGUGCUGUCCAACUCACCUUUUGAAUCAGCAUUACAGUAAGUGCUCUCCCACAGCAUGUUAGCUGCUGUCCUCCUCUUCUCCAACAGCUCUACCUUUCUGUGUCUUGCUGCUUCCGCUGCCAGCAGCACUGGUUGAAGCCUGGAGAUAAUGGAAAUAAAAGCCCCUUUCAGACAUGCAAUGGACUCAUGGACUAGCCUGGGUGCUCCCAUCCUGCCUUGCGCGGUGAUUCAAUCACGCAGAAACUGGAAAACUGGAAAACUAACACCCAAAUUUUCGCCUGAUGUUGGUGACCAAUCAAAGAACAGGGGAGAAAGCAAGACCAUGAUGAGCUAUGCACAGACGCAUUUGAUAAGACAUCCGUGGUGCCCAAUGAACGGAUCUGGGCAUUUUUUUCAAAUACGAGAAAAUGAACGUCUGGUUGUCAGACCACGUCUCAUUUGAGAAGUGGUAGGCACUAGCCAGGCUACUCAUGGACAUGAACCGGGCAUCAAACGGACAGAUGUGAACAUAAUGUCUGUCCGAAUUAUUUUACCUUGGAAUCACCCAGGUCUGACACUACCAGAUGCCUAGUACAGAGCAUAUAUCUGAAGACAGAUGGUGAAAGCUCUGGUAAAUUCACACCUAGUGAGGGAGUUUGGUGAUAAUGUGUGAAACUGAUGGUGUCCCCUUGACUUAAUUGUAGUUUAUGACUGUCAUCAUCAAUUUUUUGUUCAUGACAGACUGGCACUAAUUUGCAAACACAGUAAGUUCCCAUGAACAACCAUUGUAACCUACUGCUCAUCCUGUGUGUUCUAUGCACCAGUACCAAUAAUUGUGGCACUAGUGUACUUGAUCAAACAUAAUGUAUUUCUUUAUGAGAUAUUUUUGUUUCUCAAAAUAAAUUUGUUCU